AGCAAGGGGCAGAAAGCACACAUAAUUUUGCAUUUUAAAAUUAAUGUCCGUACGUAUAUUAUGGUCUGACUAGAUAGCCAUUAACUAGAAAAUGGCCUUAUACUGGAUCUACAUUUCACUUCACACAUUCUCUGCAGAAGAGUUGGAUAUAUGAACGUAACACAAAACAUGGAGGGUGGUGCUCAGUGCUUGGCUAAUUCUGCGCCUCUGACGCCCGUGAUCUUCCUAGAGCGAGCCGCUCGUGUUUAUGGAGACAAGGUGUCGAUUGUUUAUGGUGAAAUGAAAAAGGCAAGGCAAGGCAGCCGUUGGGUUCCUGCAGGUGCAUCGAACCCAGCAGGCGUUAGCCGUUGGGUUCCUGUAGGUGUUAGGUUCGAGCAGGCGUUGGGUUUCGUUUUGAACCCAGCAACCAUUGGGUCGAUAGAUCUGUUGUCUAUUGUGUUACCCUUGGAUUCUUGUAGGGUAAUUUUUUGUCACGUCAAUGAGCAGGUCGCAGCUUUGGCCCCAAAUAUUCCAGCUCUUUACGAGUUGCAUUUUGCUGUUCCAAUAGCCGGAGCCAUUCUCUCUGCACUAAACAUUAAGUUGGAUGCAACAACUUUAGCAACCAUACUUGAAGAUCUAGAUGCAAAAAUCAUUUUUGUGGAUUACCAAUUUGUUAAGAUCGUCCUCCAAGCUACCCAAAUACUCUCCCAAAACAACAUUCAGCACAAGCUACCUCUCCUGGUUACGAUCCUUGAAUGUAACAAGAAAACAUCUCCGGUUGGUAACAACAGUUUCCAUUCCAGUAACCUGGAUUACGAUGCUCUUCUUCUACUGGGAAAGGUUGGUUUUCAGAAUAUAGGACCGGAAAAUGAAUUUGAUCCAAUUUCAGUGAAUUUUACAUCAGGUUCCACUGGAGAACCUAAGGGGGUGUUGUACAGUCACAGGGCUGCCUAUCUCAAUUCACUAGCAGCAUUUUCUCGGUAUGACAUGAGGUAUCCCCUGGUGUUUCUGUGGACGGUGGACAUGUUCCGAUGCAACGGCUGGUGCUGCACUUGGGCAGUGGCGGCUCUCGGUGGCAUCAAUAUCUGCCAGAGAAAUCUGUCGUCGAAACUCAUAUUUGAUUCCAUCCUGCUUCACAGGGUAACCCAUUUGUGCGGUGCCCCUGCUGUUCUGAACAUGAUUGCGGACGCACCGGAGGCAGACGGGAAGCAAAUUCCACACAGGGUCCACAUCAUCAUCGCCGGUGUACUUCCAAUUACUCAAAUUCUCAAGGUCGAGGGAUUAGGAUUCAGAGUCAGCCAUGCAUAUGGAAUGACAGAGGUCCUUGGUCCGGCGAUGGUUAGACCCUGGAAACCUGAAUGGAAUUCUUUGGAUGAACGGGGGAUGAUUGAAUCCAUGGAAGGUCUCCGCAACCUUCUAAUGGAAGGAGUGGACGUGAAAGAUCCAGAAACAAUGAAGGGUGUACCGGCCGACGGGAAAACAAUUGGUGAGGUAAUGUUCAAAGGCAAUACCUUGAUGACGGGGUACCUUAAAAAUCCUCAAGCAAAUCAAGUAGCUUUCAAGGAUGGAUGGUACAGGACCAGGGACCUUGGGGUCAUAUACCCAAAUGGGCACAUUCAGUUGAAGGACAGGGCAAGGGAUAUUAUCAUUUCUGGGGGAGAAAUUGUAAGCACAUUGGAGGUGGAGGCAGUGUUGCUAAGUCAUCCCAAGGUUUUAGAGGCUGCAGUUGUGGGACAGCAUGAUGAGAAUCUGAAGGAAAAGCCUUGUGCUUUUGUGAAAUUGAAAGAGGGGAAGAGUGGGAGUGCAGAAGAGAUUGUGGAGUUCUGUGGGGCUGUGGAGCUAUUAACGGAUGGUGCAGAGGAUCUAAAGUUCAAAUUAACAGAUGCCGUGGAUGUAGCAGAAGAUGGCAUUAUAUAUUUUACUGAUGCUUCUUACAAAUAUGACGUUCAUCAUGCUGUGUGGGAUUUUUUGGAAGGUAGACCCUAUGGUCGAUUGUGUAGUUAUAACCCUGUUACAAAAGAGACCAAGGUGUUGGUCCGUGAUCUCUAUUUUGCCAAUGGAGUUGCAGUUUCACCAGAUCAAAACUAUGUCAUUUUGUGUGAAACCCCAAGAAGAAGAUGCAGAAAAAUUAACAUACAGGGAGAGAAGAAGGGAGAAAUAGAGACAUUUGUAGAUGAUUUACCUGGCUAUCCUGAUAAUAUUCAUUAUGAUGGAGAAGGCCACUAUUGGAUUGCAUUUCCUUGGGGAAUUGUGAAAGGUUGGGAGAUGGCAUAUAGAUAUCCGUUCAUCAGGAAGAUUAGAGCACUACUGGUGAAGUACGUCGGAAGACCAAAUAUGGAGAAAAAUGCUGGUGUCUUCGUUGUCGAUUUGGAGGGCAAACCAGUUGCUCACUAUUAUGAACCUGAGUUGUCCAUGAUUACAAGUGGGAUCAAGAUUCAAAAUUAUCUCUACUGUGGAUCUAUCAAGUACCAGUUCAUCAUUCGCCUUAAUCUGGACCAGUAUCCUGCUCGUCAUUCCUCUUACAAAUGAAAGCAGUCAUAAGUAGAACUUAUGAUUCAAUAUCGUUCAAAUUUAGUUUUUCUUCCAUGUCUAUCUCUGGAUUGUAAAUAAAUAAAUCAACCCAAUAUACAAGAAAUAUGCUAAAUUUUG